CCUCAAAGCAACGGUGCAGAAAUCACUUCUGUUCUGACAUUACACACUGCGUUUACUCAACACGAACCUUCUGCUGGGGACAGGGAUCGCUAACACAUUGGUUAUUGUCUGAAGGUGGACAACUAGUGAUCGAAGAAAGCUGAGGAGUAGCAGUGGCACAGUCCCGUAGUGUCAGUCAUGGUGGCGCUGUCGCUGAAGAUCGGGGUGGGGAAUGUGGUGAAGACCAUGCAGUUCGAGCCCUCUACCAUGGUGUACGACGCCUGUCGCAUCAUCCGGGAGAGAGUUCCAGAAGCACAGCUCGGCCAGCCCAGUGACUAUGGCCUCUUCCUGUCAGAUGAGGACCCAAAGAAAGGUAUUUGGCUGGAAGCAGGCAAAGCCCUGGACUACUACAUGCUGAGAAAUGGGGACACUCUGGAGUACAAAAAGAAACAGAGACCCCUGAAGAUCCGCAUGUUGGAUGGAACUGUUAAAACAGUCAUGGUGGAUGACUCAAAAAUCGUCAGUGACAUGCUAAUGACCAUCUGUGCAAGAAUAGGCAUCACAAACUAUGACGAGUACUCGCUGGUGCGUGACGUGGGAGAGGAAAAGAAGGAAGAGACCAUGGGGACACUGAAAAGAGACAAGACCCUCCUGAGGGAUGACAAAAAAAUGGAGAAACUCAAACAGAAACUUCACACAGAUGAUGAGUUGAAUUGGUUGGAUCAUGGGCGGACGCUGCGAGAGCAGGGUGUGGAGGAGUCUGAGAUGCUGCUUCUCAGAAGAAAGUUCUUCUACUCGGACCAGAAUGUGGAUUCCAGGGACCCAGUACAGCUCAACCUGCUCUAUGUGCAGGCCCGUGAUGACAUCCUGAACGGCUCCCACCCUGUCUCCUUUGAUAAGGCCUGUGAGUUUGCCGGAUAUCAGUGCCAGAUCCAGUUCGGAGACCACAAUGAGUUGAAACACAAACCAGGAUUCCUUGAUUUGAAAGAAUUCUUGCCCAAAGAGUACAUCAAGAACAAGGGCGAGAAAAAGAUCUUCCAGGCACACAAAAACUGCCAAAACAUGACAGAGAUUGAGGCCAAAGUCAGCUACGUCAAACUGGCCAGAUCUCUGAAAACCUAUGGAGUGUCCUUCUUCUUAGUCAAGGAAAAAAUGAAAGGAAAGAAUAAGCUUGUUCCGCGUUUGUUGGGCAUCACUAAAGAGUGUGUGAUGAGAGUGGAUGAGAAGACCAAAGAGGUGAUUCAGGAGUGGAGUCUGACCAACAUCAAACGCUGGGCCGCUUCUCCCAAGAGCUUCACGCUGGACUUUGGAGACUAUCAGGAUGGUUACUACUCUGUUCAGACCACUGAAGGAGAGCAGAUUGCGCAACUCAUCGCUGGUUACAUCGACAUCAUUCUCAAAAAGAAAAAGAGUAAAGAUCACUUCGGCCUGGAAGGCGACGAGGAAUCAACCAUGCUGGAGGACUCGGUAUCUCCCAAAAAGUCAACAGUUCUCCAGCAGCAGUUUAAUAAGGUCGGGAAGGUGGAGACGGGCUCUGUCGCUCUGCCGGCCAUCAUCCGCUCUGGUGCCGGAGGUCCGGAGAGCUUCCAGAUGGGCUCCAUGCCACAGGCCAAACAGCACAUCACCAGCGGACAGAUGCACCGAGGACACAUGCCCCCUCUGACAUCAGCUCAGCAGGCUUUGACCGGCACCAUUAACUCCAGUAUGCAGGCGGUGCAGGCAGUUCAGGCCUCUCUCGAUGAGUUCGACGCGCUGCCUCCACUGGGCACUGAUGCGGCCUCUCAAGCAUGGAGAAAGAACAAAAUGGACGAGUCCAAACACGAGAUUCACUCUCAGGUGGAUGCCAUCACUGCGGGAACUGCCUCCAUGGUCAAUCUGACUGCAGGUGACCCAGCAGAGACGGAUUACACCGCUGUGGGCUGUGCUGUCACCACCAUCUCCUCCAACCUGACCGAGAUGUCUAAGGGUGUCAAACUGCUGGCGGCGCUGAUGGAGGACGAGGGAGGAAAUGGCCAACAGCUUCUGGGUGCUGCCAAGAGCCUGGCGUGUGCUGUGUCUGAGAUGCUCAAGACCGCUCAGCCCACCAGUACUGAGCCGCGACAGAACCUCCUGCAGGCAGCGGGUAGUGUGGGUCAGGCCAGCGGUGAACUCCUGCAGCAGAUCGGAGAGUCCGAUGCGGAUCAGCACUUCCAGGACAUGUUGAUGCAUUUGGCGAAGGCUGUGGCUAAUGCAGCUGCGGCUCUGGUGUUAAAGGCCAAGAAUGUGGCUCAGAAAACAGAAGAUUCAGCUCAACAGAACCGAGUGAUUGCUGCUGCCACCCAGUGCGCCCUCUCCACGUCACAGCUGGUGGCCUGCACACGAGUGGUGGCUCCCACCAUCAGCUCACCCGUGUGUCAGGAGCAGCUCAUCGAGGCGGGGAAGCUGGUGGCUAAGUCUGUGGAGGGCUGUGUGGAGGCGUCACAGGGGGCGACUAAUGAUGAGCAGCUGCUCAGACAGGUGGGCGUGGCUGCCACAGGUGUCACUCAGGCUCUUAAUGAGCUGCUGCAGCAUAUCAGACAGUACGCCAGCGGAGGACAGCCAAUCGGACGGCACGGAGAGGCCACUGACCGCAUCCUGGACGUGACGGAUAACAUCUUCAGCUCCAUGGGAGACGCAGGGGAGAUGGUGCGACAGGCUCGGAUCCUUGCUCAGGCCACCUCAGAUUUAGUCAAUGCUAUCAAGGCCGACGCGGAGGGCGAGACUGACCUGGAGAACUCCCGCAAACUCCUGUCUGCGGCCAAACUCCUGGCUGACGCCACGGCCAAGAUGGUGGAAGCUGCGAAGGGUGCAGCUGCUAACCCGGACAGCGAGGAGCAGCAGCAGAAGCUGCGUGAAGCUGCCGAGGGUCUGCGCAUGGCCACCAACGCUGCGGCACAAAAUGCCAUCAAAAAGAGGCUGGUCAACAAACUGGAGAAUGCAGCGAAACAGGCCGCGGCGGCUGCCACUCAGACUAUCGCUGCAGCGCAACACGCCGCUUCCUCCAACAAGAACCCUGCGGCCCAGCAACAACUCGUGCAGAGCUGCAAGGGGGUGGCGGAUCAGAUCCCUCAGCUGGUUCAGGGUGUGAGAGGGAGUCAAGCUCAGCCCGACAGCCCCAGCGCCCAGCUCGCCCUGAUCGGAGCCAGUCAGAACUUCCUGCAGCCCGGAGCGAAAAUGGUGACCGCGGCCAAAGCUACGGUUCCCACCAUCAGUGACCAGGCGUCUGCCAUGCAGCUCAGUCAGUGCUCCAAAACCCUGGCCAGCGCUCUCGCUGAGCUGCGCACGGCCGCACAGAAGGCUCAGGAGGCGUGUGGGCCUCUGGAGAUUGAUAACGCUCUCACAAUGGUACGGGGGCUGGAGAGGGACAUGCAGGAGACCAAAGCUUCAGCUGCUGAAGGCAAACUCAAACCCCUGCCUGGAGAAACGCUGGAGAAGUGUUCUCAGGAUCUGGGCUCCAGCACUAAAGCUGUGAGCUCUGCUAUUGCUCAGCUCCUCAGUGAAGCCACCCAAGGCAAUGAGAACUACACAGGUAUGGCUGCUCGUGACGUGGCUCAGGCUCUGCGUUCACUGGCUUCGGCUGCUCGUGGAGUGGCUGCCAACACCGAGGACCCUCAUGCCCGUAACGCCAUGCUGGACUGCACCGCGGAUGUCAUGGACAAAUCCGCCAGCCUGAUCGAGGAGACCAAGAGAGCCAUUGCCAAACCGGGAGACCCUGACAGCCAGCAGAGACUGGCCCAGUUCCCAGUGAGCGGGAAGAGUUUCCAGGAGGCUCAGGUGAAUCUGAACGAGGCGGCGGCCGGACUGAACCUACUACUCGGAGAGUAUGUGGUUUCAGACACCGCCACAUCGUCAUUUUAUGAGGGAGCAUCAGAGAGAGAGAGAGAGAGAGUGUGUGGUAACAUACGUGGGUGGAUUGUUCCUCACAGAUCUCUUGCACUAUUCCUUCCCUUCCUAGCAAACUCUAAUGUCUCUCUCUCUCUCGAUAGCGCGGUGACAGACAGCAUUAAUCAGCUGAUCAGCAUGUGUACCCAGCAGGCUCCGGGACAGAAGGAGUGUGACAACGCUCUCCGUGAGCUUGAGACGGUCGGAGGAAUGCUGGAGAAUCCCACAGAAGCGGUCAGUGAUAUGGGCUACUUCGACUGCAUUGACAGUGUGAUGGAGAACUCAAAGAUUUUGGGCGAGGCCAUGGCUGGCAUUUCCCAUAAUGCCAAGAACAGCAACUUACCAGAAUUUGGAGACUCGGUCAGUUCAGCGUCGAAAGCGCUGUGUGGUCUAACUGAGGCAGCCGCUCAGGGGGCGUAUCUGGUGGGUGUGUCUGACCCGAACAGUCACGCUGGGCAGAAGGGGCUUGUGGACCCCUCACAGUUCGCCAGAGCCAAACAGUCAAUCCAGACGGCCUGUCAGAACCUAGUGGACCCGUCCUGCACCCAGUCCCAGGUCCUCUCUGCUGCCACAAUUGUUGCCAAACAUACUUCGGCCUUGUGCAACGCCUGCCGACUCGCCUCCUCCAAAACAUCCAACCCAGUUGCUAAGAGACAGUUCGUCCAGAGUGCCAAAGAGGUGGCGAACAACACCGCCAACCUCGUCAAGUCCAUCAAAGCUCUUGAUGGGGCCUUUAACCAGGAGAACAGACUGAAGUGUAAGGAAGCCACUGGGCCGCUCAUCGAGGCUGUGGAUAACCUGACUGCCUUCGCUUCAAACCCAGAGUUUGCUAGCGUACCUGCACAGAUCAGCCCAGAGGGUCUGGCAGCGAUGCAGCCCAUCGUAGCGGCCGCUAAGACCAUGCUGGAGAGCUCUACAGGCCUGAUCCAGAUGGCCCGCUCACUGGCCGUCAACCCCAAAGACCCGCCCAAAUGGUCUGUGCUGGCUGGACACUCCAGAACAGUGUCCGACUCCAUCAAGAAACUCAUCACCAACAUGAGGGAGAAGGCUCCAGGUCAGAGGGAGUGUGAUGACGCCAUUGAGGUUCUUAAUAACUGCAUCCGUGAGGUGGACAAGGCGUCUCUGGCAGCCAUCAGCCAGCAGCUCACGCCUAGAGACGACAUCUCCCAUGAGGCCCUUCACGAGCAGAUGGCGGCGUCUGUGCAUGAGAUCAGUAACCUGAUUGAACCUGUGGCCAUCGCAGCCCACUCCGAUGCCUCUCAGCUGGGUCACAAGGUGUCUCAGAUGGUCAGUUACUUUGAGCCGCUCAUCAUGGCUGCCAUCGGUACAGCGUCUAAGAUCCUGAACAGCCAGCAGCAGAUGAGCGUACUGGAUCAAACCAAGACUCUAGCUGAGUCUGCCCUACAGAUGCUCUACACGGCCAAAGAGGCUGGAGGAAACCACAAGGCGGCUCACACACAGGAGGCUCUGGAGGAGUCUGUUCAGAUGAUGAAGGAGGCGGUGGAUGAUCUGGCUGCGACUCUGUCAGAGGCGGCUAGUGCUGCAGGAGCAGUGGGCGGCAUGGUCAACUCCAUCUCUCAAGCCAUCAAUAAGAUGGAAGACGGGCCUGGAAUCGAACCUGAAGGAACGUUUGUGGAUUAUCAGACCACGAUGGUGAAGACGGCCAAAGCUAUCGCUGUGACCGUUCAGGAGAUGGUUACCAAAUCCAACACUAACCCUGAUGAGCUGGGUGGUUUGGCCAAUCAGCUGACCACAGAGUUCGGUGACCUGGCGUCAGAGGCCAGAUGUGCAGCCAUGACUGCCGAGAAUGACGAGAUCGGCUCUCACAUCAGGAAGCAGGUGACAGAGCUGGGCUACAGCUGCACUGGUCUGGUCAGUAAAGCAGGAGCGCUGCAGUGCAGUCCAAACGACUCCUACACCAAGAAAGAGCUCAUCGACAGCGCUCGGAAAGUCUCAGAGAAGGUGUCUCACGUGUUGGCGGCUCUUCAGGCGGGCAAUCGUGGCACUCAGGCCUGCAUUACUGCUGCCAGUGCUGUUUCUGGCAUCAUCGCUGAUCUGGACACCACCAUCAUGUUUGCCACCGCAGGCACUCUCAACCGAGAGAACGCCGAGACGUUUGCUGACCACAGAGAGCACAUCCUGAAGACGGCUAAAGUUCUGGUGGAGGACACGAAGCUGCUGGUGUCUGGAGCAGGAGCGAGUCAAGAGAAACUGGCUCAGGCUGCGCAGUCGUCUGUUAACACCAUCACUAAACUGGCUGAUGUGGUCAAACUGGGAGCGGCCAGUCUGGGCGCUGAAGAUCCUGAGACACAGGUGGUUCUGAUCAAUGCGGUGAAGGACGUGGCUAAAGCGCUGGGUGACCUGAUCAGCGCCACGAAGGCUGCGUCCGGCAAACCUCACGACGAUCCCGCCAUGUUACAGCUCAAGAACUCUGCUAAGGUGAUGGUGACAAAUGUGACGUCUCUACUGAAGACGGUGAAGGCCGUGGAGGACGAGGCCACUAAAGGCACACGAGCACUAGAGGCCACCAUAGAGCACAUCAAACAAGAGCUGGCUGUGUUCAGCAGUCCAGAUCCUCCUCCAAAGACCGCCACUCCAGAGGAGUUCAUCCGCAUGACCAAAGGCAUCACGCUGGCCACGGCGAAAGCAGUGGCUGCUGGGAACUCCUGCCGUCAAGAGGAUGUGAUCGCCACUGCUAACCUGAGCAGACGAGCCAUCGCUGACAUGCUGCACUCCUGCAAGCAAGCGGCGUUCCACCCGGAGGUGAAGCGAGACGUUCAGGCUCGAGCGCUGCGCUUCGGCUCGGAGUGUGCCACAGGAUACCUGGGUCUGCUGGAGCACGUGCUAGUGAUCAUUCAGAAACCAAGUCAUGACCUUAAACAGCAGCUGGCACACUUCUCCAAACGUGUGGCCGGUUCAGUGACGGAGCUCAUACAGGCUGCGGAGGCCAUGAAAGGUACAGAGUGGGUGGAUCCUGAGGACCCGACUGUCAUCGCCGAAAAUGAGCUGCUGGGAGCCGCAGCUGCCAUUGAAGCUGCCGCCAAGAAACUAGAGCAGCUCAAACCCCGAGCCAAACCCAAGGAAGCUGAUGAGAGUCUAAACUUCGAGGAGCAGAUUCUGGAAGCAGCCAAAUCCAUCGCUGCAGCCACAAGUGCUCUGGUCAAAGCUGCAUCUGCCGCUCAGAGAGAGCUGGUGGCUCAAGGGAAGGUCGGGGCGAUCCCAGCAAACGCAGUGGAUGAUGGACAGUGGUCACAGGGUCUCAUUUCUGCUGCGCGUAUGGUGGCUGCAGCUACUAACAACCUGUGUGAGGCGGCUAACUCUGCUGUUCAGGGUCACGCCAGUGAGGAGAAACUCAUUUCUUCAGCCAAACAGGUGGCAGCAUCCACCGCUCAGCUGCUGGUGGCCUGUAAGGUCAAGGCUGACCAGGACUCCCAGACCAUGAAGAGACUGCAGGCCGCAGGUAAUGCCGUCAAGAGGGCAUCAGAUAACCUGGUGAAGGCGGCUCAGAAGGCUGCGUUUGAGGCUCAAGAUGAUCAGGCUGUGAUGGUGAAGAGCAAGAUGGUGGGCGGUAUCGCUCAGAUCAUUGCUGCUCAGGAGGAGAUGCUCAGGAAGGAGAGAGAGCUGGAGGAUGCCAGGAAGAAGCUGGCCAUGAUCCGACAGCAACAGUACAAGUUCCUGCCGUCAGAGCUCAGAGAGGAUGGACAGGAUCAGUGAGCUGCAUCAUAGACUAAUCAAUGACAUUCAGAGUUUGAGAAAAGUAAUUAAUGAUAUGCAAUGAGUAAAAAGUGAACUAUGUAUCAGGAUGUCUAUUUUAAAAGCGUUUUGUUUAUUUCUGUCACUUUUUUGAGAAUUGCCAUGCCAGCUUUAUUGUUUUGUUGUAUUUGGAUAAUAUGCAGCAUAUACAAAUCCUUUUUAAUUUCUUCUAAUAGAUCUAUAAUUUUUUUUUUUUUUUUUCAUUUCUAGAUUAAUUAGAUGAGCAGUGUGUUUUGAAAGCUCGUGAUCAUGGCAGGGGCCAAACAGUGUUUGUAAGCUUUUCA